UGGAGCUGCAGGGUUUGGAUUUCAGAGUUGGGAGAGCGAUUUUGGCACUGACACAAAGUGGACCUAUCACCUAUCCCCCUAAACCUCCAUACCUGCUUCUUCUUUUUCUUUUUUCUUUUUUAUAUAUACAUGCCUGUAUGUUUAUAUACCCUCUUCUGAGAAACAAUAAGUCGCAUUAGAGGCUGCGGGAUGUACACGGCCGGGCUCAACCCGUUUUACGCGUCGAAUUUCAGCCUCUGGUCUGCGUACUGCGCGGGGGGCUUCUCUGUGGAUACGAUGAAGAAACCCUCAUUUUGCAUCGCAGACAUUUUGCAGGCGGGAGACGCGGAGACCAUCCCGGGCUCCUCGGCGCUGAUGGUGCAUAUGGGACACCACCACUCGCCGCUGCGUCCUUCUCCCGUCGCUCCCGAGCCGUACGGUGCGAGGCUGAGUCCGGCGUCUCCUUACAGCAGACACGGACUACAUCUAACGUCAGUCUCCAGGACGGCGUUCAACUCCCAACAAGCACCCCCGCCUUCAAGCAAGGACCUCAAAUUCGGAAUUGAUCGGAUAUUGUCGACAGACUUUGAUCAGAGAGGCAAAGAAAAGUCGUCAUUAAGAGAUCUCACAUCCAUCGUUAGCUCGAACCGUCAGUCAGGGAUCCACGUCCCCAUUCACCCUCCGGCCAGCCAGUACUUCUCCUGCAUAGACCCCGGGAUGAGCGACGCGUCCGCCAUGAUGAGUUCACUAGGCAACAGCAGCAGCAGGCAUUCAGGCCAGCAUCAGUUUCAGGACACCUUCCCAGGUCCGUAUGCAGUCCUCACCAAAGACACCAUGCCACAGACGUACAAGAGGAAGAGGUCGUGGUCGAGGGCAGUGUUUUCAAACCUGCAGAGGAAAGGACUGGAGAAGAGAUUUGAAAUACAGAAGUAUGUCACCAAACCGGACAGAAAGCAGCUGGCUGCGAUGCUCGGGCUGACAGAUGCUCAGGUGAAGGUGUGGUUCCAGAACAGACGCAUGAAGUGGAGACACUCCAAAGAGGCGCAGGCCCAGAAGGACAAGGAGAAGGAGAAGGAGCAGCCGGACAAGAGCGCGUCCGAGUCCGGCGGCGCGGAGCUGAAAGAGCCGGCGGAGGAGUCGGAGUGUGGGAGCGAGGGACGGAGCGAGUGUGAGUCCGACGAGGCUCCGGAGGAAAACUCCGACGGACAUGUGGACGUUUCUGAGCAAACAAACAAAACCAGCGUGAUCAUGAGCGGCGGCGCGGAGGCCACAGAGGCCUCCUCCCACAUACUGUAGUUAUGAACAAUACCUUUUUGUUAUUAUUAUUUUUUGACAGAAGAACGACAGUGAUGUUAAAAAAGCACCCGGAGUUUCAAUUUACUAACUAUGAGACAUUUGCAACGUAAAGCCAGGCCUGUACCUGUCUAAUUCCUGGGAACAAGUGGAGCAACAAGACAGUAGGCCCAUUUAUUUGUUCAAAAUGACACCUUUAUUUUAGCCAAGACACCAUGAACAUGGUGCCAUUUAAUGUGUUCAUUUUAUUAAGGUUCUCCAUAACGAUAAAAAAAAAAAAAAAAAAGCUAUUUAAAAAUUAAAAAAUCGGACUUCCGGCCACCUCCAGUGUCUCCUUACUGUCGUUUUCCUCUCAAGAGCUUCGUGUGCUUCAUGUUUUCCUCACCUGAAGGAAAUAAUGCGGUUGUGAAUUUAAUAUUUUAGGUUAUGAACCACUCGUUUCACCUGAUAAAUGGAGUUGUAGAACAUCACAGCAGAGUUCAUGUAUAACUUGUUUUGUCUGGAUAUAUAGAUGUGCUAUUUUGUUAAUAAUAAUUUGCACUGAAAAUAUUGUAAAUAAAACGUUUCUUACUUUGAAAA